CAUAGAACCUCACUUAUAAGUGAGAGUCUUCUGGAAGAGAAGAGAAACCUGACAAUCUUUUUUAAGUCCCAAGACUUGACUGUGAGGUAAUCCAUGCACAUGGCAUCAGUAAAGUGUUCAUUCAGGUGGAUCAAGCCCUUGGCCAGAGAUCCCUGGUCACUUAUAUUUAUCCUCUUUUCUGUACAACAUGCAUAUGGGAGUGGAAAGAAGUUUGUCGGCCCCUGUGGAGGAAGAGAUUGCUCGGUGUGCCAUUGCUUUCCUGAAAAAGGGUCUCGGGGUCAACCAGGACCGCCGGGGCCACAGGGUCCCAUUGGACCCCUGGGACUGCCAGGACCCACAGGAAUUCCAGGAGAGAAAGGGAUGAGAGGUGACAGUGGCCCUCCUGGAGCAGCAGGUGACAAAGGUGACAAGGGUCCAACUGGUGUUCCUGGAUUUCCAGGGUUGGAUGGCAUACCUGGCCACCCGGGGCCUCCUGGAUCCAGAGGCAAGCCUGGCAUGCAUGGCUACAAUGGUUCACGAGGUGAUCCAGGGUUUCCAGGAGAAAGAGGAGUUCCUGGCCCAGGAGGCCCCCCAGGCCUUCCUGGUGAAAGGGGAGAAAAAGGAAAUUCAGUGUUCAUUUUAGGUGCCAUUAAAGGUAUUCAGGGUGACAGGGGGGACCCAGGACCUCCUGGCUUGCCGGGACCGAAGGGGGCACGAGGACCGGCAGGCCCAAGGGGACAGCCAGGAGAGCCUGGGUUAACAGGUGCUCCGGGCCAUCCUGGGAGACCAGGCUUGAAGGGUAAUCCUGGUGUGGGAGUAAAGGGGCAAAUGGGAGACCCGGGUGAGGUUGGCCAGCAGGGUUCUCCUGGACCCACCUUAUUGGUACAGCCACCUGAUUCCUGUCUGUAUAAAGGAGAAAAGGGCAUAAAAGGAAUGCCUGGUAUGAUUGGACCUCCAGGACUACCGGGACCCAAGGGAGAACCUGGAAUUGGACCAAAAGGAGAGAAGGGUAUUCCUGGGUUCUCAGGACCUCGGGGUGAUCCGGGUUCCUAUGGCUCUCCAGGUUUUCCAGGAUUAAAGGGGAAACCAGGACUGUUUGGAGAUCCUGGAUCAUUUGGAUUUGUUGGCCCAAAGGGGGAUCCUGGAGACCGUGGGUACCCAGGACCACCGGGUGUUCUGGUAACUCCAUCUGUUCCACUCAAAGGCCCUCCAGGGGAUCCGGGGCGCCCUGGCCACUAUGGAGAAAUGGGGUCCGUUGGACCACCUGGUCCCCCUGGUCCCCCAGGUCCACCAGGGGAAGACUGUGCAGGCAUGAUGGGACCCCCUGGACCAAGAGGAUUUCCUGGUCAUCCAGGAUUUCCAGGGGCAGCUGGUAUCCCAGGGAGAGCGGAUUUAAGUCCAGGAAAACCAGGGAAACCGGGACCUCCUGGGUUGCCCGGAGCACCAGGGCUGCAAGGACCCCCAGGAUCAGAUGUUAUCUAUUGUAGUGUUGGGCAUCCUGGACCACAAGGGAUAAAAGGCAAAAUGGGUCCUCCAGGAAGAAGAGGCUCGAAAGGAGAAAAAGGAAAUGCGGGGCUCUGUGCCUGUGAGCCUGGUCCCAUGGGCCCACCAGGCCCUCCAGGACUUCCUGGAAGGCAGGGUAGUAAGGGAGACUUGGGGCUCCCUGGGUGGAUUGGAGAGAAAGGUCACCCAGGCCCUCCUGGUGCUGAAGGAUCUCCAGGAUCACCAGGAAAACAUGGUGCCUCAGGACCACCUGGCAGCAAAGGAGAAAAGGGCGACAGGGUUGUAUCAAGAGUGAAAGGGAAAAAAGGAGAAAGAGGUCCUGAUGGGCUCCCAGGAUUUCCAGGACAACAGGGACAAAAUGGUCGGGAUGGACUUCCUGGAAAAAAGGGGGAUCCAGGCCCCCCGGGGGGUCAUGAGGAUGCAGCCCCAGGUGCUAAAGGGUCUCCUGGACCACCGGGGCCCCCAGGCAGAACAGGACCCAGGGGACAACCAGGUCUGGGAUUUCCUGGUCCACCAGGAGAGAGAGGACAACCAGGAGCUCCAGGCCGCCCUGGCGAGAGGGGCUUCGGGGGCUUGAAGGGCCAGAAAGGUGAUACAAUUUCUUGUAACGUCACCUACCCUGGGAGGCCGGGGCCCCCAGGUUUUGAUGGACCUCCAGGACCAAAGGGAUUUCCAGGUCCUCAAGGCGCUCCAGGGUUGAGGUGCUUGGAUGGGCCAAAAGGUCAGCGUGGCAAACCAGGAAUGUCAGAGAUACCCGGUCCACCUGGUUUUCGUGGUGACAUGGGAGAUCCGGGUUUUGAAGGUGAAAAGGGGUCCUCCCUUCUUGGGCCGCCAGGCUUUCCUGGUUCUCGUGGAGCAAAUGGUCAGAAAGGAAUGAUGGGAGACAUUGCCUAUGGCCUCCCAGGCCCCCCAGGAAAGAGAGGUCCUUCCGGAGUGCCAGGGUCCAAAGGACACAGAGGUGAUUCAGGACGUCCAGGGUUUGCAGGGCCAGCCGGCAAGCCUGGAUCCCCAGGUCUCAAAGGUCCCAGAGGCAGAGAGGGAAGUGCUGGGUUUCAAGGUAUCCCGGGUCCACCUGGCCAUUCCUGCAAAAGAGGCGCUCCAGGGAUACCAGGGCAACCGGGGCUCCCUGGGGCCCCGGGGAGUCCAGGUGCCCCAGGUUGGAAAGGACAGCGAGGGGAUGUGGGGCCUCCGGGUCCAGCUGGAAUGAAAGGCCUCCCUGGAGUCCCUGGACGGCCAGGGGCAGAGGGACCCCUAGGAUUCCCAGGAGUCCCAGGCCCCUUAGGGGAUGAUGGGCUGCCUGGUCUUCCAGGCCCGAAGGGACCCCAGGGGCUGCCUGGCUUCCCCGGUUUUCCAGGGGAGAGAGGAAAGCCUGGCCCAGAGGGACGCCCUGGCAGCAAGGGGGAACCAGGAGAGGAUGGUCGGCCUGGCUUCUUCGGAGACCAAGGGGUGAAAGGUGCCAAAGGAGCGAGAGGACCCCCAGGAGAUGAAGGAGAGAUGGCGGUCUUUUCCCAAAAAGGGAAAACCGGGGAACCUGGACCUCCAGGAGAUGAUGGAUUCCCAGGAGAAGAAGGUGAUAAAGGCAAUCCAGGGAUGCCGGGGAGGAGAGGAGAGCCUGGAAGAUUCGGAGCACCUGGAUUUCACAGAGGGGAGCCCGGGAGAACCGGGCAGCCAGGGCUUCCUGGCCCCCCAGGCCCCCCAGGCUCACCUGGGCUGAGAGGGAUUAUUGGUUUUCCGGGAUUUCCAGGUGACCAGGGUGAGCCAGGUUCUCCAGGGUCUCCUGGACUUUCAGGAAUUGAUGGAAUGAGAGGACCUAAAGGAAGCAAAGGUGACCCUGCAAGUCAGUUCGGCCCACCUGGUCCAAAGGGUGAACCAGGUAGCCCUGGAUGUCCAGGACAAGUUGGAGCACCUGGAGAGCAGGGCUUGCCUGGUGUUCAAGGGCUCAGAGGACCACCUGGAAGGCCAGGAUUACCUGGCUCCUCCGGACCACCAGGGUGUCCAGGUAAUCAAGGGGUGCCUGGGCUGACAGGGCCUCCAGGAGAAACAGGGGAUCCUGGGCCAAGAGGCAUGAUGGGAGAUCCAGGGCCACCAGGUCUUCCAGGAAUAAAAGGUCCCUCCGGGUCGCCGGGUCUGAAUGGCUUGCAUGGUUUAAAGGGUCAGAAAGGAGCCAAAGGUGCUUCAGGUUUGCACGAAGUGGGCCCACCCGGUCCAGUGGGCGUACCUGGGCUGAAAGGGGAGCCGGGAGACCCUGGGAGCCCAGGAAUUUCUCCCCCAGGCCUUUCUGGAGAAAGAGGCCCCCCCGGCCCCCCAGGGAGACCUGGAGCCCCUGGUCCUGCAGGUGCCACAGGAAGAGCUGCUGAAGGUCACGUUCCUGACCCAGGUCCACCCGGAGAUGUGGGUCCUCCUGGCCCCGAUGGUCCGAGAGGAGCGCCCGGGCCCCCAGGCCCCCCUGGGAGCGUUGACCUUCUGAGAGGGGAACCAGGAGACUGUGGGCCGCCGGGGCCUCCAGGUCCCCCGGGCCCACCCGGCCCUCCAGGACACCAAGGCUUCCCAGGAUGCGAUGGAAAAGACGGCCAGAAAGGACCAAUAGGAUUCCCGGGGCUGCAGGGGCCUCAGGGACUUCCUGGGCUCCCUGGGGAGAAGGGUCUGCUGGGCAUUCCAGGCCGGCGAGGGCACCCCGGUCCUCCAGGUUCCAGAGGUGAACCAGGGCCUCCUGCAGAUGUGGAUUCGUGCCCCCGCAUCCCCGGGCUUCCUGGGGUACCAGGCCCAAGAGGACCAGAAGGAGCCAUGGGGGUCCCUGGAAGGAGAGGGCCCCCAGGACCAGGGUGCAAAGGAGAGCCGGGACUGGAGGGCAGGAGGGGCGAGGCCGGCCUCCCAGGACCUCCGGGGCCUCCCGGAAGCACAGGGGACGCAGGAGAAGCCGGUUGCCCCGGAGCACCAGGGCCCCCCGGGCCCAUUGGGGACCCUGGGCCCAGAGGGUUUGGGCCUGGAUACCUCAGUGGCUUCCUCCUGGUUCUCCACAGUCAGACGGAUGGGGAGCCCACCUGCCCCGCGGGCAUGCCCAGGCUCUGGACGGGCUACAGUCUGUUAUACCUGGAAGGACAGGAGAAGGCCCACAAUCAGGACCUUGGUCUGGCAGGGUCUUGCCUUCCCAUGUUCAGCACCCUGCCCUUUGCCUACUGCAACAUCCACCAAGUGUGCCACUACGCCCGGAGGAACGACCGGUCCUACUGGCUGGCCAGUGCUGCGCCCCUGCCCAUGAUGCCGCUCUCAGAGGAGGAGAUCCGCCCCUACAUCAGCCGCUGUGCCGUGUGCGAGGCCCCAGCCCCCGUGGUGGCGCUGCACAGCCAGGACCGGUCCAUCCCGCCGUGUCCACGGAGCUGGAGGAGCCUCUGGAUCGGGUACUCGUUCCUGAUGCACACAGGGGCUGGAGACCAAGGAGGAGGGCAGGCCCUCAUGUCCCCCGGCAGCUGUCUGGAAGAUUUCCGAGCCGCACCGUUCCUCGAAUGCCAAGGCCGACAGGGAACUUGCCACUUUUUUGCAAAUGAGUAUAGCUUCUGGCUGACGACGGUGAGGCCUGACUUGCAGUUUUCCUCGGCACCAUCACCAGACACCUUGAAAGAAAGCCAGGCCCAGCGCCAGAGAAUCAGCAGGUGCCAGGUCUGCAUGAAGUAUGGCUAGGGAACCCACAACUCACCAACAUGUCUCCAGGAGAAACUUCCUCGGGGGCCCCAGGAGCCCCGGCUGUGCUAAGAGAUUAAUGGUGCUCAUUUCAGACUCCAGUUUCAGCGGUCCCUUAUGUUUCCAUGUGGCUAUUCCCGCCAUCCCGUCAUUCCUCCCUCUGUUUGGGACAGAUUAAGGAAAUGCUCCCCUAUGGAUUUGUUUGGACCUACCAACCUAGAUGAAGCCCAGAUAUUCUUAUGUUUUGGAGGAUGAUGGAAGAGCUGGUUUUAUUUAAAAUUACGCUAAUUUCACAGGAAGGCAAAGAGAUGAUAAAGGCCAGGUUACAAAUUAUAUUACCGAAAACUUCCCUCAUUGGUUAACAGCACGUCAAGCAAUUGAAGUCAAUUACUCUGUGAUACGUUGGGCUUCUGGAUGGGUUUUGCAGGAAAAAAA